UACACAGCAACACUGUUCUCAGGUCACGGCUAACAUUAAUAACGUGAAAAUACUCGCAGAAAUUAUUAUACAAAGACGACAGAAAAGAGGCUAAACAAACAGAAGAGACACCAGGAAAACCUUUCACGCGGUUGCUUUGCCCUGGAACGUUGAAUCUGUAGCGAGCAGUGCGUGGAUUUUUUUUUGACAGCGACUUCGGCGUUGACGGAUUUGCUAAUUGAAUGCUGUAGUGUAUGUAUGUACAGUAGUAGGACUAGUACUGCUGGAAAGCAAUGGCGGAUUGCUCUGGAUUAGUAGGAAACGGCAACGGUCAGAGUAAUGGACUCGGACAGGAAAAUGCCUGUGCUACUCCCCCGACUACACCGUCGUCACCGACACCAAUAUCACGACCGAUAGGCGGAACGUUAAAAUACAAACUGCUUCAUGAAGGGGAUAUACAAGUGUGUUGUCUAAAUCAUGCCCGGACUGUCAUAAGCAAAAUUCUUAGUUCGAAGUUCUUACGCCGAUGGGAACCACACCAUAUAGUUUUGGCAGACAGUACGAUAUAUUCCACCACGCCAUUAGGCUUCAUGGAAUGUCCUAUACCAUACAACAGCAUAGAAGAUGUGUAUAUUGUGUCCAGAUGGGAUGCUGGACAAAAAUUUUGUAUCCGUAUCUUGCUACCCACAGGAUCAGUCCUGCUUCAGGCAAGCAACAUUUAUUUACGUGACCAAUGGCUGCAUUCGAUACAGUGGAAAAGAACAGUCAACAAAUACAAGAAAUUGCUUAGAAAUACAAAAAAAACAGAGGUACUUAUUCAGGAGAUAAAGAAUCUAAUAGAAAUGACUAUUAAUACACAUGUACAAGAUGAAGAUGUCUCUCAAGUGCCUUUGGAAAUUGUUUCUGACAUACUUUCACAGAAUACAGAUGUUUUAAACAGUGUUGCACAUGAAAAUGUUAUAGUGGCGUUGGCACCGUUACUUGAAAACAAUCAACCAUCACCUGAAAUUUGUGCAUUUUUUAGUAAACAUUGUAAAAACUCGCCAAGAUCCAAUGUUGUUAUCGAAAUGUUUACACCAGUGGUCCAACGAAUCCUGAAACACAAUAUGGAUUUUGGAAAAUUUCCUCGUAUGAGAAUGUUUGUGCAAGACUAUAUUUUAGCAUUGAAUUCUAAAUUGGAAGGCAUUAUUGUGGUGCAGGAUUUUGUUCAAAGGAUGCAUGGACCAGCUAGUACAUGUCCACAUCCCAGAGUACUGCCAAACCUUGUGUCUGUGUGUUUGGCUUCUAUAUAUUCUUACUUUGAAGACAGGGAUAGGUGCAAUAGUAAAGGUAGAUCCCCCGGAGUAGGAAUGUUACGAGGUAUUCGUAUGGAAGGCUUAUUAGUAGAAGAGGAGACUGAAAUCAGAGAUGAAGAGCUGAUGAUGUGUUUUGUUACUAUUUUAAAGUUUAUGGCAGAGUAUGAUGAUUGGCUACCAAAUCUGGCCAGCCUAUUGCAACCAAUACCAUUUCCAAAAGAGGCUUUAACACAUGAAAGGUUCACUAUUCAUUUGAAGUAUGUCAUUAGGCGGUUUGCAGAGGACAACAGGUGUGAUGUUCAUACAUCUGUAUGUGGUGUUCGUGAUGGUAAAGAUGGAUGGUUUAACAUUUACUGUCCUGGUGGUUUAGCUUGUGAUGAUGAUGGGGAACUCUUUUCAGUUAUGAUGAGAAGACUUGUUGGGUGUUGUUGCAGAAGAAAAAAGUUUUUGCAAAUGGUUUGUCGAAAGUUGUUGGGUCCAGUUAUGCUGAUGGCACUGAGGAGAGAUAGCGUCAUGAUGGAGGUAAGCUUAUCUAUGGUAAAUCUGAAAAUAGUUUAUAACCAUGAUGACAGGCUUCAGGUUAUAACCACCCUGGAGAGUACACCAGAAGGCCGGAAAAUGUAUGCAGAUUUGUGUGAAAGACAGAUUGCCCUCAAGGAGUUGCAGUCAAAGGGAGGUCCCAAGACGUUAUCACUCCCGCCCAAAUCCACAGAUGCAGACUUGCGCCAACUUCUAAAUUCAGGGUCUUUUGGCAACCUGGAAUGUCUGAAUCUUGCCUUCACGCAUGUUACGAGUGCCUGUGCGGAAACCAUCAUUCGACUGCCAAAUUUGAAGUAUCUGAAUUUAUGGUCCACCAAUUUUGGAGACACUGGCCUGCAGUUAAUAUCAGAGCAUCUGCUGAAGCUACAAGUCCUGAAUUUGUGUGAGACUACAGUAACUGAUGAAGGCCUUAACUGUUUAACACAGAUUAAAAGUUUACGGCGACUGAAUCUGAACAGUACUCAGUUAUCAGCUCUCACAUUUGUGAAGCUCAAGGCUCAUUUACCUUCUCUGGAAGAGUGUGAUGUGCGGUACACAGAUGCUUGGUGAAGUAUACUAGAUUUGAAUGUCUUGAAGCAUUACCAGUAUUACAGAUGAUAGACAAUGCAUCUUUGCCAUAGACCUAGCUCUAAAUCUUGAGAGGCUUGGUUCAGGCACAUGUCCAUGCAUUGAAAUAUGCUAUAUAGAGAAUUGGCCAACACCGUAUGAAGGUGCUAGCUUAAUAAACCAACACUAGUAUAUCAGUGGCCAUUACAAUGCUGUCCUCAUCCAGUAGCCUGAAACAAAUGAUAUUUUUGAUAAUCCAUAUUUAUUUGCAUGUAUCACUGAUAGCUU